CUCAACGGCAAUCCCGGCUCUCUUGUCGUUUUCUAGAACGUUCCGGCGCUGCCCUGCGGCAAGGCCCUCUACUCCUACGAGGGCAAGGAGCCCGGCGACCUGCAGUUCACCAAGGGCGACAUCAUCAUCCUGCGACGCAAGGUGGACGACAACUGGUACCACGGCGAGCUCAACGGCUGCCACGGCUUCCUGCCGGCCAGCUACAUCCAGCUGCUGCGGCCGCUCAGCCAGACCCCGCCGCAGGGCCAGGCCCUGUACGACUUUGAGGUCAAAGACAAGGACCAGGACAAGGACUGUCUGGCGUUCAGCAAGACAUUGCACCAAUUAUUGGCCUCAUAUUGGCCGAGGCCUGCAGCCAGCACUCCAUUGAUGAGGUGUUGACGGUAAUACGGCGAGUGGACGAGAACUGGGCAGAGGGCAUGUUGGGGGACAAGAUUGGCAUCUUCCCUAUUCUCUAUGUGGAGUUGAACGAAACCGGCAAGCAGCUGAUGGAGAUGGACAAGUCUGUGGUGGCCCCUGUCCCCGGGGCAAGCUCAGCCCCCUCCCAGGCUCCCGCCCCCGCCCCCGCCCCGUUGGGCCCCUGCUCCCCGGGCCCCUCCCCCGGCCCCUCCCCGUCCAAUGGGAACAGUGGGUGCCACAGGCGGGGCGAAGGGAAGAAGAACGCCAAGAAGCGGCACUCGUUCACGGCCCUGUCCAUCAGCCAGCGGGCGGCCCAGCUCAACAACAGCAGACACAGUAUGGAGAUCUCCCACCCGGUCCUCAUCAGCUCCUCGGACCCCCGGGCCGCUGCACGCAUACACGACGUGUCCCCCGCGGGGCCUUCACCCUCGUCCGCCGGGGUGCUCGUGCCCCCCAGGGUGGCAUCGGUGACCUCGGAGAUGCUGGCUCACGCCAAGGUGCAGCUGCCGCUCAACAUCUACCUGGCCCUCUAUGCCUACAAGCCCCAGAAGGCCGAUGAGCUGGAGCUCAGGAAGGGGGAGAUGUACCGCGUGACGGAGAAGUGCCAGGACGGCUGGUUCAAGGGCACCUCGCUGCGCACCGGCGCCUCCGGUGUCUUCCCCGGGAACUACGUCACCCCCGUCUCCAGGGCUCCGUAUGCCGCCGGCUCCGCCCGCAGCUCCUGUAUGACCGGCGGCGGCGGCGGGGGCGGUGGCCAGCCGGGCAGCAAGGUCUCCACCCCGUCCUCGUCCCCGGGCUCCCCGGGGCCGUCGCCCCGCCCCUCCACGCCGCACGCCGGCUCGGACGCGGCCCCCGCCUCCUCCCCGCAGUCGGCCGCCGCGCAGCUCAAGAACUGCCUGCGCUCCUGCCAGCAGAGCGCCAGCCAGGCCCGCAGUGCCAUGCAGCUGGUACACAGCCCCCCUGCCGGCAGCCCCGAGCGCCCCCCCGGUGGAGGGGUGUCGCCCCUGCCGCUGCGGCCCCAGAGCUCCUGCGCCUCCCCGUGCCGCGCGCAGCAGCACGGCGGCUCGCCGGGGCCCCGCCCGCUCUCCAUGGCGUGCACCACGUCCCCGGGGCCCUCGCCGCUCUCGUCCCCGGCCGCCCGCCACCCGCUGCUCCCCCUGGCCUGCCUGACCCCGCCCAACGCCUCGGCGGCCCUGCUGAACGGCUGCGAGUCGGCCGGCCCCUCGCCCUCGUCCCCCGGGGCCACCAUCACUGCCAAGCCAGAGAAGAAGGAGAAGAAGGCGGGGGGUCUGCUGAAGCUGCUGUCCGGGGCGGCGGCCAAGAAGAAGUCGCGCUCCACGCCGUCCUCCCCGCCGACCCACGAGCCCCGCACGCCGUCGUCCUCGGGCCACGCCCACCACCUGCUCCACCUCCACCACCACCACCACCAACACCACGCCUCCUCCGCCUCGGGCCACUGCUCCCUGGAGUCCCUGGGCCGGGCGGGCUCCUGCCCCAUCGAGAGCGAGACGGGCGGCGCCGCGGGCCUGGAGCCCCUUCACAGGAAGUCGGGCUCGCUGGACACCACCUUCCCCAUGUCGCCGGCCACGGCGCGCUGCGGCGGCGCACUGCUGGCCCUGCGGCCCGAGACCAAGCCCCUGUCCCGGGAGAGGUACCGAGUGGUGGUGCCCUACCCUCCCCAGAGCGAGGCGGAGAUCGAGCUGCGGGAGGGCGACGUGGUGUUCGUCCACAAGCGGCGCGACGACGGCUGGUACAAGGGCACCCUGCAGCGCACCGGCCGCACCGGCCUCUUCCCCGGCAGCUUCGUGGAGAGCUUCUGAUUGGCUGGGGUUGGGGUGGGCGGGGGGAGGACGCGGGGGGGGGGAGCAGGCAAACAAAAAAAACUGUUUAUCACGCACACUCUGUCUAGCAAGCACACGGCACAAACGAACGAACACACACAAACAAGAUCAGACCACACACAUACACACACACACACACACUCACAAAGAUGCCUGAUAAACGUUAAGAAUAAUAUGCACACUUAUACAUGAAGAUGUACACACGUGCAUACACCACACACACACACACACACACACACACACACACACACACACACACACACACACACACACACACACACA